AUGGAAAACGAAGGGAACGCAGGAACGGCAAGCAGUUCAAGGUGGAACCCAACGAAAGAACAGAUAUCACUUCUUGAGAAUCUUUACACGCAAGGGAUACGAACUCCGAGCGCCGAUCAGAUUCAGCAGAUCACAGGUAGACUCCGUGCGUACGGCCAUAUUGAGGGUAAAAACGUCUUUUACUGGUUCCAGAACCACAAGGCUAGACAGCGCCAAAAGCAGAAACAGGAACGCAUCGCUUACUUCAAUCGUCUCCUCCACAAAACCUCCCGUUUCUUCCACCCUCCUCCUUGCUCAAACGGCACUCCGUACUAUUUACAGCAACAACAUAAUCAGCAUGGAAGUGUAUACACAAAAGAUCUUCUUCACAGUAACAAUGUGAUGAUUCCAAAUGGUGGCUACGACAAACGGACAAUCAUUGAUCAUAGGAAACAACUCUCCGACAUAACAACUGCUACAACUAGAAUGUCAAUGUCUUCGAGCUCACACAGAUUUGACCGAUUUGCCCUUUGUGAUCACGGAUAUUACGGCGAGGGCAUUAACGGCAAUUCGCAUGGACGGAAAACGCUUCCUCUUUUCCCACUUCAGCCUUUGGAUGGGACUAAGGAAGAUGGUGUGGGAAAUUCCAGUUUUGCCCCUGGUCAUGAUUCUCCGGUGGUUUGUUUCGUUGACGACGGUGGACGAGAGCAGCCGUUUAUCGAUUUCUUUUCUGGUGGUUCGUCUAGUAGGUUUGAUAAUAGUGGAAAUGCGUUGUAA